CAUUUGGAAAAUUCGGCUUGGGAACGCUUUUUGCUUUGCUCCGUUUUGAGGCAGCGUCUUUUGAGCUGUGUUGUGGAUGGCUGACUAUGAAAGAGGGGCUUCUGGCACUGAGAAAAUACCUUGUUGCUGCUCCUAAUCGUCUUCUGGUACACAUCGCCCCUGACAAGAGAGAAGAAAGAAGCAUGAUCAAGAUGAAUUGCAUCCUGUUAACUGUCUGCAUUUUUCUGGUUGCUUUCUGUAGUUCUGGUUAUACUCUAAGAUGCUACCACUGUCAGAACAGUCCUACCUUGUGCAAGACCAAUAGUACUUGCAUAGCUCCUGAAGAUACUUGCCUGCAGAUGAAAUCUGGUAAAUUGAGAACUUUCUCCUGCUGGAAGACAUCCCAGUGCAAUGUGAAUGAUAUUGCUGUAUUGUUUCAGUUGGAUAAUUUCGAAUACUUUUGCUGCCAGCGGGACUUCUGCAACAAGAGCCCAAUUACUGGGGUUAACAAAGCAGCUUUUAGUAUUGCCUCUGUAAUGACCGUGCUAUGGAUGCUUCUCUAACAACCCUGAUUUGUAUACUGCACUUUCAAGCUGAAAUUAUACACAUUCUUCUCGCGCUUUUGGUUCCUAACUGUAGGCUGGAAUACUACCUUGUAAUGUUACAUUCUGUUUCUUAAGGUUCUUUCUCUUAAAUUAUUGUAUACAUUCAUCUAGAGGAGACAUAUAUUGUUACCAGAUGGAGAGAAUUCAGUUAUUUUGGCAUGCCAUAUGCAUGGGGAAAAUGCCUUGUUCGGGAAUAGCGUUACCUUGUGGAGAACCUGGGCAGACUUGGGUGGGAGGUGUGGAGAGGAAGGAAUAGUACAGGUUUUGUGCUGAAAAAAUGUAAUUUUGUAUUGUUUCAUAAAUUGUACUUAUUUUUGGUUGGGAUUUCUGUUUGGUUUUUUUUAGGAUGCUACCUUGUUGCACAGUGGGCAAAGGUUUUGCUCUCAACGCAGGUAGCGUUGGACUGCAGUAUAAACUUGUUGCACUGUUUAUGGCUGAAAUACUUAGUUUGAAUGUAGACUCCUUGUUCCUAACAGAGCAUCAGGUUUUCUUCCCUCUUUUUACAAAUGAAUAAUGGAACCUCGUAAGUAUUACUAUUUUUGGAGAAAGCAUCUAAAGUUCUUAAACCAAAAGCUAAGUAAUGCUAUAAGCAAGGAGCACCUUUCCUCUUUUUAUAUUUCUGUGAGCAUGUGGACAACACUGUACUAGCUUCUUUUAUAAACUUUUGUUUUUAGUUUUGCUUAUAUUUCCUCUUGAAUCUGGGAUUUAAGCUAAGCAUGUGCUUUGCACUAAGUAUUUCUUAGUAUAACUGAAAAUAUUUAUAAAAUGCUAAGGAAUUUAAAUGGCACAGCUGGUUUAUUUUUUCAUGUGGCUAGCUCUUGGCUUUAUUGAAAGCAGCGACAGGUAAACUUAACCCUUAAAGCUUCCACAUAAGCAUAAUGAAUAAAAACUUGCAGAACUUUAUAUUUUGUCUUUUUUGCAACUCUAUAAGUGCCAACAAUAUAUAUAUAUAUAUAUAUAUAUAGCAUGAAGAAGAAUGCUCAAUUUGUAUGUGUAAGAGUUCUAGAGCUCAAAUUUUCUGUACAUUGUUCUGAUGCACAGUGAUGGAGAGAGGCCUUUGAUACUUUGGUACUUGGGGACCCUCUCAAUCAGGUCUAAUGACAAAUCCUCGUUUUCUGUCUUGGAGCUCUUGGCAUGAAGUACCUGCUUGUCUCUGCAGGAGCAGUGGUGCGUUGCCAAUGCCAUUUUCCUGUUCUGAGCAACUUUGCUUGUGCUAUCCUGGCUUCCAAGAUGCCAGUUCACUCGGUCAUAGCAAGGGCGAGGGGGAGAGCGCUGUGUUACAGCAAAUCCAUUAUGUAUUCUGUAAUAUAUCUUUUAGUUAAGCUUAUUUUAGCCAACAAAACAUCCUGGGAUCUGUCUAAUCACUCAAAAUGAAAGUUGUGAUGUCUUUGAUUAAUAAAAAUGUGAAAAAGAAA